AUGGGCCUAUGCCCCGCUAAUAUCAUGCGGACUACGGACAGAGGCUUCGCUUGCUACACACGCUACGCGCCCAAUCGCCACAUCGUAGUUGGCUGCCUCUCGCUCCGGGACGCGCCAUCCGACCUUAUGGCGGCACUCGACUGGCGGCAAACACAAGCGGGAUACAUCACAUGGCUCGCCCAGCCUCAGAGCCCGUGGGCUCAGCCGAUAACUGUGCAGUUCCAGCAGGCUGAUCUCAGCCUGUACCCAGAACUUUCUCGUACAACGAGCGGGUCAAGCACUGAGAGUCUGGCCAGUGAGACCGGCAACGCAAGACCCACUGUUAGCAUAACAUCGACGUUGGCGCUGUCAACGACAACAACUACCUCAAGUCAGGACACGGCGGGGGUUAAGGGUGACGACCAGCCCUGGUCAAACUCCGCCGGCGGCAGCGACAACAACCACCUCAGGGCAAGAUAUGCUGGUCGCAACACCGACAAUUACCUCGGGUCAAAGCUCGCCGCCUGCUGCCGCGGACGAUGGGCUAUCGCAAGGCGCGAAAACUGGGCUUAUAAUCUGGCGCGAAGAAGUGCAAAGGCCAAGAUAGCCUAUGAAAAUCUGGCUGCCGAGAGAGACGGGAAGCCUAUUACCGAGAAGGACGGUAAGGAGAUCAUAGGGGAGUUGCCGGGCGAUCGAGGGACUAGGCCGCCUGUGGAGAUGGAGGCCUGA